GGCACGCAUUUUCAGCGGAGUUGCCCCUGGGCGCAUACACAGCGAGGGAAGUUUAAAAAAAACAAUGUCGGACAAAGAAGAUCGCAGAAUUGUUUUGAAUUUUUACGAGAGCCUUUUACGCAAAUCUGAUGUCGCUUUGCUGGAACCAGGGCAAUGGUUGAAUGAUAACUUGAUAGGGUUUAUGUUUGAAUAUUUUGAACACGUAGAAUUUAGAGAUGGAUCUAAAGAUCUUCUGUUUCUAAGCCCUGGUGUAACACAGCUUAUAAAACUUACGCGAGGUGUGGAGCUGAUGGCUAUUCUUGAACCUCUUAAUCUGCCAAAAUACCAAAGAGUUUUUUUUGCUGUGAAUAACAAUGAAGUAAAAAUGUCAACUGGAGGCUCCCACUGGAGCCUCCUAGUGUAUUGCAAGAGAUCAAACAUCUUCAGCCACUAUGAUUCACUUAGUGAAGCCAACUCCAAUGCAGCAAAGGAACUGGCCAAUCAAGUGGGCUUAAUACUCAAAGACCCUGGACCUUCAUAUGAGGAAGCACUUUGCCCACAACAAGAAAAUGGAAGUGACUGUGGAGUAUAUGUGAUAGGCAUUACAGAACACUUGUGCAAGCAGUGUACUGGUGAGACGACAGUCAAACUUAUUGAUGCCGUCACUCCUGCUGCAAUAGCUAGAAGGAGGCAGCAAAUGAAGGAGCUUAUUGUGAAGCUGGCGAAGGCUAGCUAGUAAUGCAGCUGGGGUUUUAUAGUGGCAGCGCCAUUGCACUGAGGGCACAUCAAUAUUUAAAAAAAAUUAAGGAAAUGAUUUGUUAGGGUGUGGCUGUGCUCCAUAAUAUUUUCAUACUUUUUCUGUAUCAUGCCCCCCCCCCCAAAAAAAAGGUGCUAAAAAGCUGGAGAUUUGGUGCUCUCAAAGGAAAGCAGGAGGUAUGGUGCCUACAUUAAUCGAUUCCACAUAAACAUGUUUAACAUAUUAACUUUAAUUAAAAUUAAUUAAUUGCAAAAAAUGGAUUUAUUUGAAAUAUUAUAUAAUUUGCAUAUCUAUGUCCUUAUAUACAUAUAUUCUGUACAUAUAAUAAAUGAAUUUCCAGAUUCCAAGUUAUAAUGAUUUAAGCAUUUGCCAUGAUGCCCAAGGGGCCCUCAAUACUGUGGUUCACCGUACACUUCAUUUGGAACUUUUGCACUGCAUUCCUGAAAUAAACAAACAAAAUUUAUUAAAAAGAUUUCUGUGAAUAAGAUCGAACAAUAAAAAUAACAAAAUUCAAUCAAUGUUCAUGUUAGGGAGAUUCCUAAAGUAGUAAAGGAGGGAACAAAGCAUACUUUUUGCAGCUAAAAGGGGCGUCUUCAUAAGAAUAGGAAGGCAGGUGUUCUACUUACUUGGUGAUGUUGCGGCAGUAGAGUAUGGUCAAGGAUUGUAACCUCUUGCAUCCUUUUCUGAGGUACCGCAAUGCUUUGUCACUAAAAUAAAGAAAAUUGAUUAAAUUUUAAGACCUAA